AUGUCAUUCGUUGAACAAGAGGAACAGAAGUUCCUGCAAGACGUUGAACAAGUCAAGAACUGGUGGAAAGAUUCAAGAUGGCGAUACACCAAACGUCCAUUCACCGCAGAGCAAAUUGUUGCCAAAAGGGGUACCUUGACAAUUGAUUACCCAUCAAAUGCACAGAGCAAGAAGUUGUGGAAGAUCCUGGAAGGUAGAUUUGCGUCAACCCCGCUAACUCUCGUGAAGAACAAAGAUGCAAGUUUUACUUAUGGUUGCCUGGAACCAACCAUGCUCACCCAGAUGGUGAAAUAUUUAGACACUGUCUAUGUUUCUGGUUGGCAGAGCUCAUCAACUGCCUCCUCAACAGAUGAGCCUUCUCCCGACCUUGCUGACUACCCAAUGAAUACUGUGCCGAACAAGGUCAACCAGCUUUUCCUAGCUCAACUGUUCCAUGACAGAAAACAGAGAGAGGAACGUCUCCGCGCCCCCAAGGAACAGCGCAACAGCCUACCGAACAUUGAUUAUCUCCGUCCGAUUAUUGCUGACGCAGACACUGGCCAUGGUGGUCUGACCGCUGUCAUGAAGCUCACAAAACUAUUUAUUGAGCGCGGGGCUGCUGGAAUUCAUAUUGAGGAUCAAGCCCCUGGUACGAAGAAGUGCGGACAUAUGGCUGGAAAGGUUCUUGUCCCAAUCAGUGAGCAUAUCAACCGACUUGUAGCCAUUCGAGCUCAAGCUGAUAUCAUGGGGACUGACCUUCUGGCUAUCGCGCGAACCGACUCCGAGGCGGCAACCUUAAUUACUAGCACUAUUGAUCCCCGGGAUCAUGCUUUCAUUGUUGGAUCCACCAACUCUAGCAUUGAGCCUCUUAAUGAUCUGAUGGUUGCUGCAGAGCAGGCGGGCAAGAACGGUGCCGAGCUUCAACAAAUUGAGGACGAGUGGACCAGCAAGGCUGGGUUGAAACGUUUCCAAGACGCAGCCAUUGACCAAAUAAAUGCUUCCCCUUCCAUCUCUAACAAAAAGGCUGCUAUUGACAAAUUCCUUGCUGAUAUAAAGGGAAAGAGCAACUCUGAAGCUCGUGCUAUCGCCAAACAGUUGACUGGUUCUGACAUCUACUGGAAUUGGGAUUCGCCACGAACUAGAGAAGGAUUUUACAGAUACCAAGGUGGAUGCGAGUGUGCCAUUAACCGUGCCGUUGCAUAUGGCCCAUUCGCUGAUCUCAUUUGGAUGGAGAGCAAACUUCCUGACUACGCGCAAGCCAAAGAAUUCGCCGAAGGUGUACAUGCUGUCUGGCCCGAGCAGAAACUUGCAUACAACCUCUCGCCUUCCUUCAACUGGAAGACAGCUAUGCCCCGCGACGAGCAAGAGACUUAUAUCCGUCGUCUGGGAGAGCUUGGCUACAGCUGGCAGUUCAUCACCCUUGCUGGUCUACACACCACUGCCCUGAUAUCUGACCAAUUUGCCAAGGCAUACGCUAAGCAAGGGAUGCGUGCAUACGGAGAGAUGGUUCAGGAGCCGGAGAUGGAUAACAAGGUCGACGUUGUCACCCACCAGAAAUGGAGUGGUGCAAAUUACGUGGAUGAACUAUUAAAGAUGGUUACCGGUGGCAUCAGUAGCACUAGUGCCAUGGGUAAGGGCGUUACUGAGGAGCAGUUCAAGUAG